AUGGUGCAUUACGCCAAAAUGGUUGACGUCGACUCCGAACUCAUCGAACUCGACAUCAUCGAAACGGCCAAGGACCCCGGCGACUUCCCAGAGUUCGACGCCAUGAUCUUCGUCUUUAGUACUUCCUCGACCAUGACCUUCCACUCGGUCAUUCAGUACCACAACAGCCGUAGGCGUCUCAUUGCCUUGGUCGGCAUCAUGACCGACUACCACGGGCAGACGGUGGCGUACGAUGACGGUCUCGACCUCGCCAAGUGCAUGGGCGCGGGAUACUUUCACUUCUCUCCCAAAUAUGGCUGCGGGGUGCAGACGCCGUUUGAGUUCCUGCUCCGCCGCUUCGUCGUCCAGCAGCCCAAGCGGGCCGAGAUCAUCCAGGUGCCGUCCUUCAAUCUCUACCGGUGGAUCCGAGCCAAAUGGUAUGUCUACCGAAUCAAGAAGCCCAACAGCAAGGUCUGGUACGACUAG